AUGUCGACCGGAUACAUAGACGAUGUAGCCAUCCUCACCUGGGGUGGAACAACCGAAGAGACCUGCAUCACACUAAGCAAAGCAAUGGAGAAAGCACAGCGCUGGGCCAGUACCCACGCCUCGAUCUUCGCCCCUGACAAGUUCCAGCUGACCCAUUUCACAAGGUCACUAACGCGGAUCGAUAGAACAAGACCAAUUCAGACAGAAUGGGGCGAGAUAAAACCAGAGACAACGUGCAAAUACCUAGGAUUAACGAUGGACACCAAGCUGCGCUGGAAAGAACACAUAGAAGCGGUCAGACAGAAAGCAAUGAAGACAGUAAACGCACUGAGCUGCCUUGGGGGUUCCGCCUGGGGUAUAGGUUUGCUGGACCUGCGAAGGAUAUACGAAGGCACAGCGCUCCCACAGAUGAUGUACGCCUGCUCUAUCUGGUAUAAUGCCAACACGAGAGGAGGAACGUAUACCCAAAAGACGUUGGACAUCCUACAGGGGAUCCAGGCCAGAGCGGCAAGGGUCAUAUGCGGAGCAUACCGAGCCACAUCGCACGCCGCGCUGAACGUUGAGGCCUACCUCCUACCCAUUGAACAGCAAAUCUGGAGGCACAAUGCGGACGCUAUCACUCGGCUCCUCUCGAGCCAGGCAAUGACAGACAUGUCAGGCAUCCAGAAAGACAGCCCACAGCCUACAAGCACAAGAAAACGCAUAGGGCACAUCGACUCGUGGCAGAAGAUCUACAACGACAUGAAGAACCGACGAAGCCAUGGCUUCGAUGAGCAGGAGCCCAUCCCGCCGUUUAUGACCACGCCAUGGCGAGAGGGCCCGGCUACACACAUAGAAGCCACUGCAGAGAAGGCACGGAACCGACACGAUAUAGAGAACGACUCAGGGCGAUGCCUCAGCAUCUACACAGACGGCAGCGGCAUAGAUGGUGAGACAGGAGCAGCGGCAGUGUGCCCACUGAUCCAAGAGACCCGCGCGGUACACAUGGGAGCAACCACGGUAUCGACAGUAUACGCAGCUGAGCUACAAGGAAUUAGCCUAGCACUGCAGAUAGCUGAGCAGUACGUAGAAAGAGGCGGCAAGCGCAGAGACAUCGCCGUCUAUACGGAUAACCAAGCCGCCAUCUGGUCCAUAACGAAGGCGGAAGGGAGAUCAGGAGCCUACAUUCUCGAGGAGAUUGCACGACAGGUCCAGCGGCUCCAGGACAAAGGACGACCGGUUACCGUCCGAUGGAUACCAGCCCAUGUCGGAAUCCCUGGAAACGAAGCGGCCGACAUUGCCGCCAAGGAAGCAACUGGAUGGAGAGCAGAUGGUCGCAGACAGCCACCAGCAGAAGCCCCUCCAAAACUAUUCCCACUGAAGUCCACACUCAGGAGAUGGUGCAAGACACAGGCAGAGAGAACAUGGGCAGACAGCUGGAGGGCUAAUACCAAAGGCAGAGCAACGCACAGACUCACACCACGACCUACCAAGAAAGUGCUACAACUCUAUCAAGGGCUCAGCAAACGCGAGAGUGCCUUAUUAGUACAGAUGCGAACAGAGAAGAUUGGACUCAACGACUUCCUCUUCAACCGAAGAGUACCGGAAGUCAUCAGCCCACGGUGCGCAUGUGGGGAAAGGAGACAGACGGCUGCGCACAUCCUCCUCCGCUGCGGGAUCUACAAGGACCUCCGCGACCAGGUAUUCGGCAACCUCUCUGGACGACACAACCUCCGGGCCGUCCUGAACAAGCCACAGCUAGCCACCAAAGCCAUCGAGUUUAUAGAGCAGACGCAGAUCCUUAGGCAAGUGGGGAUCAGAGACGCGUAA